CAGUCAAAAAAAAAUUCAGGCAUCUCACUUAGUUUAUUUUAGAGCUCCAAUUAUGUCAAAAUUUUAGCCAAAACUUUAAAUAAAAUAAGCCAAAAUUUACAUUACAUCUAGUAAAGACAUUUGGUAUAGUUUAGUUAAUUGGUCCACAAAAUUUUAGAAUCCACCGACUAUGUUUUUUGGUCGCUUUACUACCAUUUUUCUGCGAAAAGCCCUCUCCAGAGGCGUUUCCAUCAUAACCGACUAUGAGGAACGAACGCAUCUACCGAUGGCCUCGUUAAACAACUUUCAGAGAUUUCCCUUUAGUAGUAAAUGUGGUUCUGGUACUGAUUCUUCGGAUACAGAACACAUCAACAUAGUUGAGAAGGUGAAUUGUAACAAGGAAAACGAUGCAGAGAAAAAGACAGAUGAGGAGAAGCUAAAGGUAUUCGAGACAUUAUGUUUGGCGGAAAAAAAGAAAGCUUUGGAAAAGGAGAUGCAGAGCAUGAGCAAGGAGGAACAAAUGGUAUUAAAAGGUAUGAUGCAGUGCAUGGAAAAGGGCAUGAAAAAGGCGUGUAAGACAGGAGCCGAACAGAGGCUCAAAGAAGAAAAAGAUCUUGAACAUCAGUGUGCCCAAUUGGCUAAAAAAGAUAAAAUCAGAAAGUUGUUGGGACAGUGUAAGAAGCAAAAAGGCGAGCAUCGGGAAUCUGCCAAAUCAAAAGCAGCCUCUUGCCAACAAUCCUCGAAAAAAUCGCCGAAAGAUGCUUCCAAAAAAGAGAAAAAUGACUGUGCGAAAAACAAAGAUGACAAGCCACAAAAAAAAAUAGAAAGCGAAGAAAAAACAAAGGUAAAAAAUCAAAAAGCCGAGCAUCGUGAAUCUGGCAAAACAAAAACAACCUCUUGUAAAGAAUCCCUGAAAAAAUCGCCGAAAGAUGCGCCCAAAAAAGAGAAAAAGGACGGUGCGGAAAAAAAUGAUGACAAACCACAGAAAAAAAUAGAAAGCGAAGAAAAAACAAAGGUAAAACAACAAACUCAAGACAAAAUGGCUGAUAAGCCGAAAGAUAGUUGUCAAAAAGAUUCAGCAAAAUCGGUGGAAGCUGAAUCGUCAAAUAAAGAUAAAAGUGAUAAACCCGAACUGUGUCAAGAAAACAUGGAUCCAAUAGAAAAUAUAUGUCUCUACUUAAAAUUGUGUAAAACUAAGGAACCGACUGAAAAAUCUGACAGUCCAAAGGAGCAAUACCUCCUGAAACUAAAGAAAUGCAUUCGCAAAGAAUGGGCCGAUAUCUGCGAGACUCGUAAAAGCUUAACAAAAGGAGAGCAGGAAAAGCUUUCGCUUUCUCACAAGUGCUUCGCCACUCAAAUAAAGGAUAUGUGCAAAAUAAAGGUGUUGAACGAGAUGUGUGGCACAUCUGCAGAACCGAACUCUGAAUGUAAGCUCGAUAAAAAGCAGCAGGAUGAUCAAGGAGAUGGAGCUCAGCAGAAAGAGUGUCAACAGACAGCUGAAAAUACGGAGGCUCAAAAGAAAAAGACAGAGGAGGGGGAUCUUAAGAAACCGUGUGAGGACAAGCCUAAAAAAAAUCAGAAAGAAGAUAAAGAUCAAAAAAAAAAACCAGAGAAACAGAUUAAAACAGAGGAAGCUAAGAAAAUAAAGGGUGAGUCAGAGGCUCAACAGAAAGAGCACGGCAAGUGUAUGCAGGAAGCUUUUCAGAAUCAAUGUAUGGAGGGGGAUAAAAAAAAAAAUCAAGGUGAUCGUACACUAGAAAAAAGUCAGAAAGAAGAACUUAAAAAACAAAAAUCCGUUAACAUGAAAAAAGAAGAAGCGACCAACAAAAAAAAAACAGAAAUGGAGGCUCCAAAGAAAAUGUGCGAUAAGGAAGCCACACAGAAAAUGUCUAAAGAAGCGGCUCCCAAGAAAAAUAAAGAACAGAAAAAUAAAGAAGAUGCAGUAAAUAAAGAAGCCGAAGAGGCUCUUAAAAAAGAAGAGGAGGCUCUAAAGAAUAAGUGUAAGGAGGCGGCAAGAAGGAGAAAGCAGGAAGAGGAAGCGCUUAAUAAACUUAAAGAAGAAGAGGCCAAUAAAGAGAAAGCAGAAGAAGCAGCGUUUAAGAAAAAGCAAGAAGAUGAAGCUCUGAAAAAAAAGACAGAAGAAGAUGCCCUAAUGGCAAAGGAAGCAGAAAAAGCUCAAAAGAGAAGAGAAGAUGCGAAUGCUCUAGAGAAAAAUUGCAACGAAGCAACUUUACGCAAAACGUUGAUGGCACUUAAGAAAACGUGCGAAGACAAAAUUCUUAAGAAAAGACAAGAAAAGGAGGCACUGAAAAAAUUAUGUGAAGAGGAGACUCAAAAGCAACAAACCAAGGCCCAAGCAAAAAAGAUGGAAGAAGAGGCUCUUAGAAAAAAGCUGGAAGAGUCUCUUAAACAAGAAGAAUCUCUUAAAAAAGCAAAAGAAGAUGAGGAUCUGAAGAAAAAGGCAGAAGAACAAGUUUUGAAGAAAAAUAAUGAACAGGACGCUCUUCAAAAGAAAUUUGACGACCUCAAGAGAAAAUGUGAACAGGACUCUCAUCAGAAAAAGCGCGAAGAAGAUGCUCUCAAAAAAAAUAAACAGAAAGAUGCCGCAACUAAGGGGUGUGAAUGUGAUCCAUUCAAAUAACUGAACGAUUCGCCGAAAAAAUAGUCAAGUAGCCUUCACGCUUUGGAUUAUAUACAUUUUUUUUUUAUUUAAAAACUUGUUCCUUUUAACGUAAAUAUCUCAAUAUCAGGUACAUGAAUAAAGUCAGUUGUUAAUUUG